AUGUCCGACGACGAUGAAUACUAUGAAUUCGAGGAUGAUUACAUGUAUGAGGACUUAGUCCCAGACAUGGUCGACGAUCUCGCCGCUUCCUCAUACUACGAAGCCGCCCUAUAUGAAGACCCAGGAAUUGAUGUCGAAGACUACUUCAGCGACUGGGACUAUUAUUCAGACGAUUACCACGACGAUGACGCAACCGUCGAACAAAGCGCAGAGAGAAAGAAAAGAACCGAGAUCGCAGCGACAGCACCACGACGAACGAAGCCUUCUUCCCGCGCAAUGGGCCGGAUCGCCAGAGGCGUGGUGUGGAAAACACCGGCGCUGGACCGGGAUCAGGACGUCGCCAUCUUAUAUGAGCCGGAUACAGGCGAGAAAGUCGCGCUUCUAGAGAACUGGCGGGAGGUCUUCAAACAUUCCCAGCCGGCUCUAGAUAGAUCACGCUUGAAAAGGCGAAACUUGAUCGAAUCCAAGCCCGUCGACCCCUCGCUGGCUGACGAUGGAAUGUUCGCUGAUGACGGCACCGACGAUGAGCUCGAUAGCUCGGACGAGAUGUCUGAUGUUGCCUCAUCGGAUACCUCGGGCGUUGAUGCUGGGGAUGCUGGGGAUGCCUCGAACACAACCCCGGAUCCGGACCCGGACUCUUUCCGCUCGCUGAAACUGUCUUCGCCCCCAAAGGUCGUGAUUCCGUUGAAGAGAGGGCGGAAGCGGAAGGCGGUUGAACAGAAGGAUGACACGGACGAGGACACAGCUCCGCCUCGUCCCAAGAGGCUUGAGUUGCGCAAAGCCGGUGCUCGCAAAGCCGGUGGUGACAAGGCUACAAAACGUGAUGCGGCACCGCCGGUGCGCAGGUCGGCUAGGCAGAAGAAAUAG